CCGAAUAUAUAACAGAAAUUAUCGUUCCGUAGACCUGUGUUGUCACUCAUAUCCCCCGGAUUGCUUCCAAGACUGCAAUGGCCUCCAAGAUCAAACUCGCCCUGCUCCUCUGCGAUACCCCCAUCCCCUCCGUUCUUGCUGAGCACGGAAACUAUACGUCUAUAUUCACGAACCUACUUCGCGAUUCCCUACCAAAAGAUAGUGGGUAUGACUUUCAAUUAGACCCAUAUGACGUUCGCGGGAAAAUGGAGUACCCGGAGGAAAGUCUGCUCAAUGGAGAGGAUGGGUAUAAGGCUGUUAUCAUGACUGGGUCUGCCGCCAGUGCUUACGAGGAUGUACCAUGGAUUAACAAACUCGUAGAUUGGGUUGCUUGGCUGGCGAAGUCUAAACCGGGUACCAAGAUCGUUGGGAUAUGCUUUGGUCAUCAGAUCGUGGCGCGAGCACUAGGAGGCUCUUGUGUCCCUAAUGAUGGGCGAUGGGAAAUUGGACCUUGUGAGAUCGACAUGACUGAUCUCGGAAAACAAAUAUUCGGCUUGGAUGUCUUGAACAUCCAACAAAUGCACCGUGACCACGUCCCCUCCGUCCCACCUUCCUUCCACCUCCUCGGUUCAACCCCCGUCUCUCCAGUGCAAGGCCUUGUCCGCUUUCGUUCCUCCUCACCCGCCGAUUCCGCCAUUACCAGCACAGACCCGCCCGCUUCCGAUAUCCCCCCUGUUGAGCGGACGCUCAAAGACGUGCACAUCCUCACUCUUCAGGGCCACCCAGAGUUUACGGCCCCGAUAGUGAAGAAGAUUAUAGAUGCGAGAGAGGAGGCGGGUAUAUUGAAGGGUGAUGUCGUCAAAGUUGCGAGGGAGAAAGAGGAGCAGGGAUGGAGAAAUGAUGGGGUGGGUGUCGUGGGGAAGGCGGUAUGGGGGGUUGUGCUGGGUAGCUCGUAAGUUCAGGUUUGGCCGGAUAGUGAAGUUAGAGACAUGCUAUGUCUGGUGUAUGAAAGAUGUGAGCCGACUUAUUAGAUCCAUAUGUUGUAUUCCAUCUACAGCAUGUCAGUUGAGUUGGAUCAUUGUUCUCUAGGCAUAUACAACAGUAUCAUUGUUG